GAGGAGAGCCGGGCCCCGCGGCGGAGCGGAGCGGCGCUAGCGCGGCGGAGUCGGGGCCGCCGCUAUUUAGGGCGGGCGCGGCCGGAGCCGCCACAGCACGGAGAGCAACGGCGGGAGCGCAGGAAAUUCAUUUGUCUCCAUUCAGGAUUUUCCCUUAGUUGAAUAACAGGUUUUCUCCUGUGUGGGAUGUGUGAUCAGCCUGGUGCUCAGAUCCCUUUAGCCAGCCCUACUCUUCCUCUUUCAAGGGAAGCACCACCUGUCAUUGCAGUCAUUCACCGUGUGCAUGACUGGGAGCAUCUCAGUACAUGGCACAUUCAGUGAGCUUCAGCACCAAUGCACUGAGUUCUGGUUCCCAAUACAGCAUUUCAAGACUGGAUGUUUGUUGAAGAGAAAGCCAGAAUGGUCUGGAGGAAUAAACAAGAACAGAGCUCUGCACGGUUCAGAAACAGGUCCUGAUCUACAGAUCUGGCAGAAAUUAGGUUUACAUCAGGAAUCCAGGCAGUAUUGUGUUACCUUUUGGGUACUCUACCAGUAGAAAUCUUCAUAAAUACCAGAAGUGUGACAUUCAGAUAUUAGAGUGGAAGUGAAGAUACUCUUGAGGAUAGCUGUGUCCCAAACAUCAGGGCAUAGGUUACAUGUCCAGAUGUUUCUAUUUCAGCCUCUCACUUUCCAGUAUUGAUUUAUGCAGCUGCUGUUUUCAACAACUUGGUUUUUCUUCAGCGUUGGGGUCUAGUAUGAGAAGUUGUAAUUCAGUAAAAAGGUGAGCAUCUUUCUUCAACAUCCUGGAAAUAUUAUAUUGAAAACUGAAAUCAGGACGGAGGAUGACUCAGUAUAACCUCUCAGCAGAGUUAUCUUUCCAGAGCUCAGCAAAUAAGUCAUUAAAUUUUACUGAACCACCACUGGCCGUGGAUGAAAGGACACUGUUAGGGCUGAAGAUAUCCCUGUCGGUCCUUCUGUCUGUCAUAACUUUGGCAACAAUCCUUGCAAAUGUUUUUGUUGUUAUUACAAUUUUUUUGACUAGAAAGCUCCACACACCUGCAAAUUACCUCAUUGGCUCCUUGGCAGUAACAGAUCUUUUAGUGUCUGUCCUUGUGAUGCCCAUCAGUAUCGCUUACACUGUCACCCACACGUGGGCCUUUGGCCAAGUGCUGUGUGAUAUCUGGUUAUCAUCAGACAUCACGUGCUGCACAGCCUCAAUCCUACACCUCUGUGUUAUUGCACUGGACAGAUACUGGGCUAUCACAGAUGCUUUGGAAUAUGCCAAACGCCGGACUGCUGGCCGAGCAAUGCUCAUGAUCGCUGUGGUUUGGAUGAUCUCCAUUAGUAUUUCUGUGCCACCAUUUUUCUGGAGGCAAGUGAAAGCUCAUGAAGAAAUCGCGAAGUGUAAUGUGAACACAGAUCAGAUUUCCUACACGAUUUAUUCCACCUGUGGAGCUUUCUACAUUCCAACUGUGCUCCUCCUAAUAUUAUACGGUAGGAUUUAUGUAGCAGCUCGAUCCAGGAUCCUGAAGCCACCCUCACUGUAUGGGAAACGAUUCACUACUGCACACCUGAUAACUGGCUCUGCUGGGUCUUCCCUCUGCUCCAUUAACGCAAGCCUUCAUGAAGGGCAUUCCCAUUCCGGUGGAUCCCCGAUAUUCAUCAACCAUGUUCAAAUAAAACUUGCAGAUAGUAUUCUGGAAAGGAAAAGAAUUUCUGCUGCAAGAGAAAGGAAAGCCACCAAAACUUUAGGCAUCAUUCUAGGAGCUUUCAUUUUCUGCUGGCUGCCGUUCUUCGUCAUGUCCCUCGUCCUGCCCAUCUGCCAGGACGCAUGUUGGUUUCAUCCCAUCCUGUUGGACUUCUUUACGUGGUUAGGUUACUUAAACUCAUUAAUCAACCCCGUCAUUUAUACAGCUUUUAAUGAAGAAUUUAAACAGGCUUUCCAAAAACUAAUACAUUUCAAGAAGUGCUCAUCUUGAUCCUCUUCUGUUGCAUUACUGACCUUUGCACAAUCUUGCAGCCUCCCCUGAGAUUUUCUGUGCUUUGAUUCCUGGGUGCAGAGUGGUGAUCUCCAUCCCUGUGGCUGCCCUGUGCUGUGCAUGGAACAGGGAAUGUCUCGCAAGUUUGGUCCUCUCUGUCUCGAACUCUGUAUACCAUAAGAUAACUUGUCUGUGGUCUCUGCAGUGAUCAUUUGUAUGUGCAAUAUCAACAGACGAAGUAAAGUUUGCAGCGGGUGAAAGACUGAACAGAAAGCUGAGUUUGUACAGGGCUGCUCCGAAAGUAAUGCCUCCUGGUUUCUAAUGUUGGCCCACAACACCAGAGGAGGGUGUUGGUGGGAUGGCAGUAGAAGUUGAACCUUCCCACUGAUAUCCCAUCAUGUAUUGUUGCUGUAUGACACAUGGUGUCUGAAACAGAAGUGCGUAUAUAGCAAAGGCAUGUCAUUUAAUUCCUCCAUGCAGAAAAGAAUGGCGCCCAUUAACAGUCAUCAACACUUUGGAAUGUUUCUGGAGACCCAGCAGUGGAUGUGAGCACAGUGAUGUGGUGAGUGGUGCAUUUCAGCAGUGAUGACAGUAAUGCAACAGUUGAGUUGCCUUCUGGACAGCCGUGCAGAUUUUUAGAGCACGGCAUGCAGCUCUUGUUCAUCACUGAUGAAAAUGCACAGCUAAUGGUGGUGGAGGCACUGAAAAAUGGUGUUCUGUAGCUGAGAAUUUGCUCUGUCAAACGGUGUUAUUGUACUCUCUGCAUCUGUUGUUGUUUCUACAGAAGGAAAUAGGAGACAUUACUGUCAGAGUGAUGUUUAUGAUAAGAUGGCACAUGCUACCAAGCCUGCCAUGUCUUUGUAACCUGAUGGGAGGAAAACUUACGCAUAUUUGGAGGACUUCAGUACUUCUGCUGUAUAUUACUAGCAGUUCAUGUAGGCUGAGAAGGUUUCUGGAGAAUGGGAUCUAGCGCCUGUAUUUCCUGUGGCACAUAGCUAUCCAUCUGAAAUUGAUAAAGCCAGCAGCUUUGGCAGGAAACAGGUGGCAGCCUGAGUGCAGGCAGCAGGGCAUGAAGACACAGCAAGCACGUGAGUUCCAUUGGCCCUUCACAAACGUGAAUUUGAAGCUGCACUUCUGGUAAACUGCAGAAAGAAGAUACACUGCUGAAAAUCAUUUUUACACAUUUGAUCAUGUGUGCAAUAAGCCAGUGCAGAAAUACUGCAAAAUAAAUAGCAUGAACAUUAUUGAAAAGUA